UGUGUUUCUAUAUUUUCUUCAACAGGUAAAACGUUUGAUAUAACAUACAUCCGUCUGAAGUUUUACACCAGUCGACCGGAAAGUUUCGCCAUUUUCAAAAGAACACGCCCAGGAGGUGAUUGGAUACCAUAUCAAUACUACAGUGCCACCUGCAGAUCAACAUAUAAUGUGGAAGAUUCCACGUACGUUACUAAUAAGGAUGAAACAAGAGCUCUGUGCACUUCUGAAUUCAGUGAUAUUUCUCCGUUGACUGGUGGCAACGUUGCUUUUAGUACUUUAGAAGGCCGACCCUCAGCUUACACCUUUGAAAACAGUCCACUGCUUCAGGAAUGGGUAACAGCCACCGACAUCCUCAUCACUUUAGAUCGUGUGAAUACCUUUGGGGACGAGAUCUUCCGCGACCAUCAUGUACUUAAGUCUUAUUAUUAUGCUGUGUCUGAUUUUGCUGUUGGUGGCAGAUGCAAGUGCAAUGGACAUGCUAGUCAAUGUGAUUAUAAUGGGAACCAUCUUGUGUGCAGAUGUGAACAUAAUACUGCUGGCAUAGAUUGUGAAAUUUGCCUCCCAUUUUAUAAUGAUCAACCAUGGGCCAGAGCAACAUCUACUGAUACUCAUGAAUGCAAAGCUUGUAACUGUAAUGGUCGAUCAGAUCGUUGUUAUUUUGAUCCUGAAUUAUGGCAUCAGACUGGCCAUGGUGGCCACUGCAUGGAAUGCAGGGAUAAUACAGAUGGUGCCAAUUGUGAACGCUGUAAAGAAAACUUCUACCAAAGAGAAGAUGGUAGAUGUGUGCCAUGCAACUGUGAUCCAGUGGGUUCUAGAAGCCUUCAAUGCAACAAUCGAGGACAGUGUCAGUGUAAGCCUGGAAUAGAUGGAGCACGAUGUAAUAAAUGUGCUGCUAACUUUUAUGACUUUUCUGAAGCAGGUUGCAGACCGUGUGGUUGUAAUGUUGCUGGGAGCAUUGACAAUUCUCCUAAUUGUGAUCACAUCACAGGUGUUUGCAGAUGCAAAGACAAUGUGGAGGGACAGCGUUGUAAUCAAUGCAAACCUGGUUUUUUCAAUCUUCAAGCAGUAAAUGAAUUUGGAUGUUUACCAUGUUUUUGCUUUGGACAUUCUUCCAUUUGCCGUAGUGCACCAGGAUAUUCUGCUUUAUCCAUUGACAGUAUGUUUACCAGAGAUAAAGACAAGUGGCAAGCUGUGGAUUACAAUGCUAGAGAAAUUCCUUCAAAAUUCAAUCCUUCAAGUCAAAAUAUAGAAGUCAGUGCUAUUUCUCGUGACCCAGUCUAUUUCAUUGCUCCAGCUAGAUAUUUAGGUGACCAACGAGCUUCCUAUAAUCAGUUUCUGAAUUUUACAUUAAGAAUUGGUGAAGAAGGACCUCAAGCCACUCUUGAGGACGUAGUCCUUGAAGGAGCCGGCCUAGCUGUAUCUCUACCAGUGUUUGGUCAAGGGAACCCCCUCCCUUCUACCUUCAAUCAAGAGUUUGGCUUUCGUCUUCAUGAGCAUUCGGCUUAUGGUUGGAAUCCUCGGCUUACGGCCCAUGAUUUCAUGAGCAUCCUUUCUGAUGUAACGGCAUUGAAAAUUAAAGUAACUUAUACCCCUGAAGGUUCCGGUUACUUAGACAACGUUCGCUUGGGUUCAGCUCAGCGGUCCCCCAUUGGUGUUGAAGCAACUUGGGUUGAAAUGUGCACUUGCCCUGAUGGAUAUGUUGGUCAAUUUUGCGAAUCAUGUGGUCCUGGGUAUAGGCAUGACCCACCAGGGGGAGGAAAAUUUGCUAGAUGUGUACCAUGUAAUUGCAACGGACAUGCUGAAUACUGUGACCCAGAAACUGGUCGCUGCAUCUGUCAACACAACACUGCGGGUGAUAACUGUGAACACUGUACAUCUGGUUUCUAUGGAAAUGCCUUAACUGGUACAGAAGAUGACUGCAAACCUUGCCCUUGUCCUGGAAAUGGUGCUUGUGUGGUCCUGCCAGAUGAAGAAGUAGCUUGUUUGGAAUGUCCAGAAGGAUACGCUGGUCAUAGAUGCGAUCUUUGCGUGGAUGGUUUUUAUGGUGAGCCACAAGGUCAAUGUAGAAAAUGUGAAUGUAAUGAAAAUGUUGACCCUAAUGCAAUUGGAAAUUGUGACAGAAGUACUGGAGAAUGUUUGAAAUGCAUCUACAAUACAGGUGGAAGGCAUUGUGAAUCUUGUCUGCCUGGAUUUUAUGGCAAUGCUUUGGCUCUACCAAAAGGAGAUUGUAAAGCUUGCAACUGCAACCCUGUUGGAACUCAGAAAAAAGAUCUUGAUCUUGAUAUUUUGGUCUGCAACUAUGCAACUGGACAGUGCCCAUGUAAGCAAAAUGUGGAUGGAAAACAUUGCGACUUGUGUAUUGAAGGUUAUUGGAACAUUGCCAGUGGAGAGGGAUGUGAAUCAUGUAACUGUGAUCCAGUUGGAUCACUAGACCAUUCAUGUGAUAUUUUCAGCGGACAGUGCAAAUGUCGUCCUGGUGUUACCGGUCAAAAAUGUGAUCAGUGCCAACCUUAUUACUAUGGAUUUUCUAUUGAUGGAUGCAAAGAAUGCGAUUGUGAUCCUAUUGGCUCUACAUCUCCACAGUGUGAUGCAAUUGGACAGUGCUCAUGUCGCCCCAAUGUAGAAGGUCGUAGAUGUGAGCGUUGUAAAGAAAAUACAUAUGACAAAUCUGCUGGUUGUCGUGAUUGUCCUCCAUGUUACAAUCUUGUUCAGGAUGCUGCCAAUGUUCAUCGCUCAAAGCUAGCUGAGUUAGCUGAGCUUCUACAAGCACUACGUGAUAAUCCACAGCUGCUAAAUGAUGAAGAAUUUGUUUUGAAACUACGAGACGUUGAAGCUAAGGUUGACAAACUACUUGAAGAUGCCUUAGGUGCUACAAACUUAGACGGCAAAGUUGGCAACAAGUUGAGGGAACUACGUAAGAGACUGGAGGAAAUUCACAAAACAUCUGGAACUAUUGCAAGAAAGAUGGACGAUACACGACACAUUGGCGGAUUUGGGGAAAGAAACAUUACAAUAGCUGAGGACAUCAUCAAAAGAGCUAUCGAAGCUAUGAACAAUGCACGAAAAUUUUUGGAAACUGAAGGACUUUCAGCUUUAGAAAAGGCCAUCGACAGGUCGAAAAUUUUUGGCCAGCAGUCUGAAAGGAUGUCUGAGAUAGCUCGAGAAGCAAGACAGCUUGCUGAUGAGCAUGAAGAACAAGCUGAAGAGAUUGAAAAACUGGCACUUGAGGCACUUAAUGUAUCCAAAGAAGCCUACGAAAAGGCUAGACAUGCUCUGGAGACUCCUGGAGAGACUGCAGAUAAACUUGCUCGCUUGGAGAGAAAGCUUCUGGAAGUGGACAAUAUGCUGGAACAUGUAAAAAAGCUGGCUGAAGAUGCCAAAGAAGAAGCCAUCAAAGCAUAUGACUCGGCUCUCGACCUUUACACUGAAGCAAACUCAGUAAAUGUGCCUGAUGUUGAUACUGAGCAAAUGAAACAGACUGCUGCUGAUAUAAUAGAAGAGGCUAAAGGAAUACAGGAGCGUGCUGCAGAGAUUAUGGACAAGCAUCAUGAUCUUUUGGAUAGAAUAGAAAAACAGUCAGAAGAUGCACAAGAUUUAUUGAAAGCUGGUGAAAAGCAACAACAGAUGACUGAUGAAAUGCUUGCUAAUGUUGAUGUUGCUCUCAGUAAAGCAAGGGAUGCUGUUGCUGCUGGUGAGAAAACACUAGAAGAUGCAAAACAAACUCUUGCAACAUUGAAAGGGUUUGAUGAACUGAUAAAGGAGAGUAAGGGAAAAGCUGAUGAAGCGUUGACAAAAAUUCCAGACAUCAAGCAAAUCAUUAUUGAUGCAGAAGACAAAACACGCUCCGCAGAAGAAGCUCUUAGUGGAGCUAAGUUAGAUGCUAUUGAAUCAAGAGAUGAAGCUCAAAGAGCUGAAGAAACCGCUGAAGAAGCAUCUAGGCAUGCAAAUGAAACUUUAGAAGGAGCAGAAGAAGCAAAAAAUCAGGCUAAUGCGUUAAGAGAUCAAGCUGAUGAAUUGGCUGUGGAUGUAGCAAAAACUGCUGGUGUACUCAGGGAGUAUGAAAAUCAAGCUGCCAGUGAUGAAGCUUUGGCAAAAGACGCUUUAGAACAAGCAAACCAAGCAAAGAUUAGUGCAACUGAUGCUUCAGUGAAAGUUAAAAAUGCAUUAGAUACUGUAGAAGAUAUCUUAAGAGCUUUAGAUGGCCUAGAUGAGAUUGAUGAGAAUCUCUUGGAUGAACUCGAGAAAAGGCUCGAAGCGGCCGAAAAGGAACACGAGGAAGCCAAUUUCAACGCUCGCUUGGGAGAGCUUCGUCAGUCUCGUGAUAUACAGCAUCAGUGGAUGAAAGACUAUACUGAAGAAGUAGAGAAGAUGAUGAAGGAUGUUGCCAACAUAGCAGAAAUUAGGAACGCCUUGCCAGAUAAGUGUUAUCGCCGUGUCGUCCUAGAGCCGUAACUCAGACUGUUUUUAAUGUACAAUAUGUGUUCAAAGAAAUCAAAUUCAUGCCGAAGAUGUUUAGAAUUAUUUUUGUGCCAUAUUCAAUUCUUCUCAUAUCAUCCUACAGCUUUGUUUUUAAAUAAACUAUAAAAUGUAUUUUGUACACUUUUACUUCAAACAAAUGGUGCUGUAAAACUCAGUGGCAGAAACAUGAUCGUGUUGUCUCAAAAAUAAAUAAAUAAAUAACUUCUUGGCAGUUGUUAAUUUGUCAGCUCUUCUAGUGUAAGAAACUCAGCAUUGGGGUUUAAUUGUAAAUUCCGAAAACCAAAAUAGACUAACAUUAGGAUUUCCAGAAAUGUAAUUUUGUUCGAUCUUAAGUGUUUUCUAAUUUAAAAAAAAAGAUAUUGUUAUUUAUUUGCUUAGGAAGUUUUAUUGUCCCAUAAGUGAAGAACUUUAAGAUACAGAUUUCUGUCCUUGGUAGUUUUUUAUGUGAAAAUAUUUCUGCCACAGGGUCAAAAAUAUAUAUCAUUUUAGACAACUCAAAGUUUUUUGUUACUUUAUUUAUUAAAUGUUGAUUAUUUGCUUCCUUUCUUUCUUUCUUUUUUUUUUUGUUCUGUAUGGCUCCUGCAAACUUUCUUUAUUGCCAUAAUUUUUGUAUUGUGCUUCAAUUUUUUUUUCAUAUAAUUUGUGUUGUGUAAACAUUUCUUUGUGAAUAUCAAUCAUUUUACUUCUCAAUCUCAUUGUGGACUGUAGAACCGUUUCUGAUUUUAGUGCCAAAAAGUGUUCACUAUUUUCCCUGUUCUGAAUCUCAUUCCUACUAUUUUAUCUAGCAUGUGAAAAAAAAUAUUUUAAAUUUCAUUUGACAUUCUUGUACAAUAAAUCAGAAAUUCCCUUUCUAUGUUUCGGCUAUUUUAUCCCAAAACUUAUUUAUAAUAUUUCAAAGAUAAUCUUAAAGGAGCAUCUUUUUUAGCUUUACUUUUAUACAUUACUUUGAAAAGCAUAAAUAAGUAAUUCAUUUGCAAAUUUUAUUUCAAGUAAUUAAUCAAAUCUUACUUUGCAUUUGCAUUUCUGAACAAAUGCAAAACUAUACCACUAAAUGCAUUUACUCCGUCGUUUCAUUUAACGCAAUACAAAUAUCAAAUUAUUUCAGAGUUUCAAAUCUGAGCUACUUUACUCUUAUAUAAAAAGAUAAGAAUCUUCUGCCGUUUGGCUAAUUUUCACUAUUACGAAGAACUUAAAAAUUGCCCCCUAUUUUAUUUAUUAAAACUCAUUUUAAAGAAGUCAAAUAUUUGUAUGUAACUCAUUUUAAUGAGGAAAUCUGAGUGUACAAGCCAACUUUCCAAAAGUUCUGCACUGUUUAUUUGCUCUAUCUUUUGGCAUUCAAUGGUAAAAUUUCAAAGAAUAAACUUUUAAGAAUGGGGAGCUUUGUUUUUAAAAUAUCUGACAUUAUGUUGAUUGGUCUGCAAUACAUAACUAAAUUGAGUUCUACUGAAGCUGUCUGCAACUGAAUCGAAUAUCAGUUAUAGCAGAAAAGUAACUUUCAGUAUUGAAUCCCUAGUUUUUAUAAUCAUAUGCAUUUUUUUCAGUACAAAAGUACACUUGCAUGAGCAAAAUAAAAUAUUACAGAAAAGUAGACGUUUUCCAUCUAAAUCAUGUAUUUCAUUCACUACCAGGUGAAAUCUUAACCUGAGUUUUAGACAAGACAAUAAAUUUCCUUGAUUAAACAUACAUUAUGUUUAACUUGAUAAAUUCCAAUAUGAUAUUUUAAUUCAAGAGUAUAAGCAACGAAGUAUAUUGAUGAUUUUGCAAUAACUAGUCACAAAAAAAAAAAAAAAAAACUUACUCCAUUGCACUCAUUGGAAGAAUUAGGAUGUUAUGCCCACCUCAAAAAAAAAAAAAAAAAAAAAAAAAAACUAGCAAUCCAAGUGAGAAAAAUGUAUCCUUCCACGACUCCAGUAAUAAUAAAGGCAGGCAGAAUGUUGGUUAUUUAUAUAGCUCAGUCAAUGUCAUUUUAACGUAUCAAACAUUUAAUAAAGUUGUGAAUAUUUUUCUUCCAAAUAAAAUUAAAAACUUGGAGCAACAUAGCUUUAUUUUAGUUCCUGAUACUGUUUUAUGUGUGUGUAGUUUUAAAUUUUGUAUUUUAAAAAUUUGUCAUGUAUUUUCUAUUCUCAGAAAUUAAUAUUAUUUUUUAACACAUCGGUUAAUGUAUUUAUAAGUUUAUGCACUAUUAUCAUAGCACUGAGGUUUUUCGCUUUGUGACUAUAAAAACAUUAGUUUCAAACUUAUUUUUUCACACAAAUUUACAGUUGUAUUAAAAGGUUGUUGGAAACUUCUAAAAGUGCUCAUCCAAACUAAAAAAAGAAAUGUACUGUUUAUGUAAAUUUUACGUAACUAGCAUUAUUUAAAUUUCUGUCUCAAAGUUUUUCUUUCAAAAAGAAUCCAAUGUGGAUUAUUCUGAGGGGAAAAUAUGGCAAAAGUUUUAUGAAAUAAAACAAUUUGCACUGAAAUUCAUUUCUAAUAACAUAAAAAAAAGAGUUAAACUUUAUAAAUAGAAAAAGAAUUAAUUCCAUCCACUUCUUUGAAUAUCAAUUAUAAUUCAAAAGCCAAAAAGGCUUACCCUAAAUAUUAUUAAAUGCUUUAUUUAUGUGUUUGUAGCAGUAUUUCUAAUUUAUGCCUUGAAUUUCAAAAAUAGUGGUUUUUUUUGACAGCAUAAGCUCUGGAGAAUAAAAAGACUUAUAAAACCUGCUUUAUUUAUAAUUUUUUUUAAUCAAAAAUUUUCUACUUGCAUUUAUGUUGUACAUUACUAAUCUAUACUACUCUUCUUUUGAUAAAUAUGUAGUAGUUUUCAGUUCAAUUUAUUGUUCUAUACAUUUGUAAUUGACCCAUUCCAUUCUCAAACAUUAUUUUAAAACUAAAGACAAAAAAAUGACUUGGAAAAAAGAUGCUAACUAUGAAUUUCAAAAGUAAGUGAUUAUCACAGAAUCAACUUUGGGAUUCUCUGUGCAACAAUGUUUCAGCUUGUAACCAAGUUGGGGGAUAUUUUUUUAACGUAUAAUUUACACUACUUUUUAAAUACGUAUUCUUAAUGUAAGAGUAAAUAUUCUUAAGCUGUGCCAUUUAUUUAUUCAUCUUUUUUUAAUACCAAAGAUAUGAAGGGAGCAGAGAAGGUGGUUAAGCUCCCCCUACCACACAACCCCUCACUUUAAAUCAUACCCCCCCCCCCCACCGCCCAUUAUAGUCUGCUGUUAUACAUGCGGAUAACGACUAUUACAAACCAAACCUCCUUAGGAGAAAAUUCUGAUUGUGCUAGUAUAUGUACUUAUGCAUAAAGUAUGAGAUAAAGUAAUUAAGAAAAUUAUUUCUUCUAUUUGAAUAUAAAUCAAUUUGAAUACAUAUUCAGCUGUUUGAAUUGAUAAUCUUCCUCCUUUCAUAUAGCUUUUUGAAAGGUGUUAUAUUUAACUAAAAAUUGAGCUAGUAUUAAAUGCUAAUGUUGCAUUGUUCAUGUCAACCACUAUAAUUUACUAUUGUGCUUUUUUUUUUUCAGUAUUUAAAAAAUGCCUACCUCCCCAAUGUUAUGAAAAAGGUUUUUACUUUUCAGUUUACAAAAUUUUCGAACUUUAAUAAAAUAUGCGACCCCCCCCCCCCCAAAAAAAAAAAAAAAACCUUUCAUGCAUUUUCUACUUUUUUUUUUUUUUUUUGCUCUCAUCUUUUUUUUUUUUUUUUUUUGAGAAAUGUAAACUUUUAAUAAUAAUAAUAAUAAAGAGGUAUUGCAUUUAUCAUAGAUUUCAAAACCAUUUAACAUUUGCAAACAAUUAAAAAUACAGUUGAUUCUCUAUUUAACAAGUUUCAGGAGACCACAAAAAAAAAAAAAAACAUUCUUAAGUAGAAUACGUCCAUAAAUAGAAUGCUUCUAAAACUACAGUGGACAUUGAGACCAUGAAAAGUCGUCUUUAAAUAAAGUAAGUCAUUAAAUAGAGUGUUGUUAAACAGAGAACCAACUGUAUUAUGUGCUUCAAAAAAAUGUUUUUGUUAGUACCAGUAAUUCACCUUUCCUUAUUUAAAAUACACUUGCAUAUCUUCAAGUUCCUAUUUUUCUUUCAUAUUCUCUAGUCAAUAUACGAUCAAAAAUUUAGGUUUUAUCUCUCAAAGUACUUUUAUAAUAACUUAUUAAAAUGAGGAUUUAUUUUAAUACCAUAAAGAAGUGCAAUUCAUCUAUGAACAUAGUAUUUUUAAAAGCUAAAUAUGCAAGUUUUAUUAAAAGGAUCCUGAACAAGACUUAAGAAGUGCCUUAUCAAAAUUUAAAUACUUUUAUU